CUUCAUAUCUUUCUCUCGCCGGAAGCAAAAAAAGAAAACAAAAUCAUUCCCGGUUCGAAAAUGUCUUCUCCGGUGGCAUCUUCCGCAGCAACUGCCUUAGGGGUAUCGGAAAUGUUCGGUAAACAGUUGGGUUUCACCGGUGCUUCUAGAUCAGUAGCAACUACAUCGAGUCCGGUCACAUUCAAAACCGUCGCCCUCUUUGGAAAGAAGAAAGCUGCACCUGCUAAAGCAAAACCCACUGUUUCUCCGGUUAACGAUGAGCUUGCUAAGUGGUACGGACCCGAUAGAAGAAUUUUCUUGCCGGAUGGGCUUUUGGAUCGGUCAGAAGUUCCAGAGUAUCUUAACGGCGAGGUCCCCGGCGAUUAUGGCUAUGAUCCCUUCGGUCUUGGCAAGAAGCCUGAGGAUUUCGCCAAAUACCAAGCUUAUGAACUGAUCCACGCCCGGUGGGCAAUGUUGGGUGCCGCCGGUUUCAUCAUUCCAGAAGCCUUCAACAAAUACGGCGCAAACUGUGGCCCUGAAGCAGUUUGGUUCAAGACAGGAGCUUUGCUUCUCGAUGGAAACACAUUGAACUACUUCGGGAAUAACAUUCCAAUCAACCUUGUACUAGCUGUUGUUGCAGAGGUUGUUCUUCUGGGUGGUGCUGAAUACUACAGAAUCAUCAAUGGAUUGGAUUUGGAGGAUAAGCUUCAUCCUGGAGGGCCAUUUGACCCAUUAGGACUUGCUAAAGAUCCAGAACAGGCUGCGAUUUUGAAGGUGAAAGAGAUAAAGAAUGGAAGGUUGGCUAUGUUCUCCAUGCUUGGGUUCUUCAUUCAAGCAUAUGUGACUGGAGAUGGGCCUGUGGAGAAUCUGUCUAAGCAUUUGAGUGAUCCUUUUGGCAACAAUUUGCUUACUGUUAUUGGAGGAACUGCUGAGAGAAUCCCAACUUUGUAAAUUAAUUAUCACAUACUUUAAUCAAUCAAUACCAAGUGUUCAUCUCCAGAUCGUUGAUCAAUUAUGAGUUUGUAAUAUAAUUAAGGAGCUAUUGACCAUUUGUCUUCUUGAGAAUGUUAUCAAUGUUUCUUUUCUUGUUUCA